CUGUGUCACAAGCACCGAGACCAGUUUUGGAGGCCUUACAUCAGUGUCACCAGUCUGCAGCCCAAGCCCCAGAGGACCGUGCUGGUACCGUCAAGGUACAGGGCCCGCGGGCCGUGCGGAUACCUGGUGGUGUCAUGCAGCUGGUGGCCACCACUUGUUCACAGCAGUUGUCAGGCCAGUCUGUGCUUUUCGAGCCUCCUGAGUCCGGGCUGCCAGUUGGGUUGCUGGCCUCUCCAUGUUUGGUCCAGGUGGAUAAGGGUGUUGCCUAUAUCCCAGUCACUAAUGUGGGAACAGCGGAAGCUGUCCUCCACCCACGGACCCAUUUAGGAGUGAUCAGCCAAGCUACUGUUGUUAGCCUCCCUGCUGGUGUUAGCGAGGAACACUCUUUUCCCAUUACAGUUUCCUCCCAUACAACCAGCAGCCCUGCUCAAGACAUGGUGGAUGCGAUUGACCUGUCUGCUCUCAUUGAGUCAGAGCAACAUGAGGUACGGUUACUUUUGCAGAAGUACCGCUCUGUUUUCUCCACUCAUGAGGGAGACUUGGGCUGCACGAACCUUAUCUCGCACGAUAUACCUCUGCUUGAUGACGUACCCGUCCGGCAGAGGUAUAGGCGGAUUCCUCCUUCUGAUUAUGAGGCCGUCAGGGCCCAUAUCAAUCAGCUAUUGGAGGCCCAGGUAAUUAGGGAGAGUAGCAGUCCGUAUGCCUCCCCCAUCGUGUUGGUCCGCAAGAAGGAUGGAAGUCUCCGUUUGUGCGUUGACUAUCGUUUGCUGAAUAGCAAAACGAGGAAGGACGCCUUCCCGCUACCUCGCAUUGAGGAAAGUCUGGAUGCCCUUGCUGGCGCACGCUGGUUUUCUACCAUCGACCUGGCCAGUGGGUACAACCAGGUGCCAGUCUCUGAGCAGGAUAAGCCUAAGACCGCUUUUUGCACGCCGUUUGGCCUGUUCGAAUGGAAUCGAAUGCCAUUCGGGCUGUGCAAUGCUCCUGGUACUUUUCAGCGCCUAAUGCAGCGGAUGUUCGGGGAUCAGCAGUGUCAGUCGCUACUGCUGUACCUGGACGACAUCAUUGUGUUUUCCUCGUCCGUUUCUCAGCAUCUGCAACGGCUAGAGAUGGUGAUGAAAAGGCUGCAGCAAGAGGGGCUCAAGGCUAAGCUAGAAAAGUGUGCCUUUUUCCAGCAGAAGGUUAACUACUUGGGCCAUGUAAUCUCUUGUGAGGGUGUCUCCACAGAUCCAGCCAAGGUUGACGCAGUAGCCAAGUGGCAGUGUCCUCGUUCCGUGUCAGAGUUGCGAUCCUUUUUGGGUUUCGCCAGCUAUUAUCGGCGCUUUGUGGAGGGGUUUGCCACAUUGGCGGCUCCCCUGCAUCAAGUGGUGGCUAAAUUGGCUGGCACCAAGACAAAGAAGGGCUCGGGACAGAGUUUGAGUGCUAUCUGGACACCUCAGUGUGAGGAGAGUUUUGAGGCCCUGAAAGCCAAACUUGUGUCUGCCCCUGUGCUGGCGUAUGCUGAUUUCACACGUCCAUUCAUAUUGGAGAUUGACGCCAGUCACAGUGGCUUGGGUGCAGUCCUCUCCCAAGAAGUAGAGGGUGCUGUCCGGCCAGUGGCUUAUGCCAGUCGAGGUCUCCGGCCCCAUGAGCGCAAUAUGGACAAUUACAGCUCUAUGAAGCUGGAGUUUCUUGCGCUCAAGUGGGCCAUGGCCGAGAAGUUCCGGGAGUACUUGCUGGGGCACAAGUGUGUGGUUUACACUGAUAACAACCCACUCAGUUACCUCUCUUCAGCUAAGCUGGGUGCCACCGAGCAGAGGUGGGCCUCCCAGCUGGCGGCAUUCGACUUUGAGAUUAAGUAUCGCUCAGGCCGCAGUAAUAGGAAUGCUGAUGCUCUCUCCCGACAGUAUGAGACGAGCUCCAGCCUGGCCGAGGGCGUGUUGCCUGGGACUCCCAUCCCCACUUCGCUUCAGCAGGCUCCGUGUCCAGCAGUGCUGCCCGCUGUUACUCAGUCGGAGAUUGGGGCCUUUCCGUCUCAUUCUCCAGGGGAUAUUCGUGCUUUGCAGGAGGCUGAUCCCCUCCUCAAGGAUUUCUUGGUAUACUGGAGGAGGCAGUCCCCGCCCUCUUCGGUGGAAAGGAGUCAGCUCCCCAAACCAGUCAUGGUUCUGCUGCGUCAGUGGGAUCGUCUGGUGGAGAAGGAUGGCAUCCUUUAUCGCCGUAUUUUGCGUCCGGGUGGAGGUGAGGAAGCCCUCCAACUUGUUCUUCCAGAGGCUCUGAAGCCUGAGACCUUGAGGCAGCUGCACCAGGACCAUGGGCACCAAGGUAUUGAGCGUACCACCGAACUGGUCAGGCAGCGUUGCUAUUGGCCCGGGAUGUCGUCUGACAUCAAGCAAUGGGUCCAGCGUUGUGAACGCUGUCAGGUCGCAAAGGACUCAGAGUUGGGGUCUCAUAGUUAUAUGGGUCACCUGUUGGCGUCUAGGCCAAAUGAGAUCCUGGCCAUAGACUUCACCGUGUUGGAACCUUCCCGUAGUGGAGUUGAAAACGUCUUGGUUAUGACUGACGUUUUUAGCAAAUACACUGUUGCAGUCCCUACCCGGGACCAGCGGGCCUCUACUGUGGCCCAGGCCCUAUUAACAGAGUGGUUUUUCAAGUUUGGCGUUCCUAGCCGCCUCCACUCUGACCAGGGUAGAAACUUUGAGAGUUUGGUGAUGCAACAGCUAUGUGAGUUGUAUCGGGUAGCCAAGUCCCGUACAACCCCUUACCACCCAGCGGGUAAUGGGCAGUGUGAACGGUUUAACCGAACCCUCCAUAACCUCCUUCGGACCCUGCCAUCAUCUCGGAAACGCAACUGGGCUGCAUGCUUACCACACGUGCUCUUUUGCUAUAAUAGCACGCCCCAUCAGGGCACUGGAGAGUCGCCCUUUUUCCUGAUGUUUGGCAGGGAUCCUAGGCUGCCUAUUGAUUUCCUUCUAGGCCGGGUUCAGGACCCAGUGCCUGGAGAGGUUCAGGACUGGGUGGCCGAGCAUCAAGCCAGGUUAAUGGUGGCUUUUGAGGGAGCUCGGGCACGGUUGUCGUUGGCUGCUGACCGUCGCAAGGAGCGCCAUGACCAGAGAGUCCACCCUGUUCCUUUAAAGGUCGGUCAGCUGGUGUAUCUUCGAGAUCACAGCGCCCGGGGUCGGCACAAGAUCCAGGACCUAUGGAGCUCUGUGGUCUAUCAGGUGUUGAGGGCACCCCAAGAGAAUGGGGCUGUUUAUACCAUUGCCCCCGUGGGAGAUUUGGAGAAGGUUCGACAUGUCCAUCGCGACAUGUUGAAGGCACAGGUCAGCCCGGGGCCUCCUGCACCUGGUCCACAGGCUCCACCCCCGCCUGUGCCUGCUGACUCAGAGCGGACCUCUCUGAGUGAUGAUGAGUUGUGGCUCCUUGUCCCUGAGGUACCUUCACAACCUGUGGCGUCAUCUUCUGAUGCCUCUAGAGUUCCAUCGGUGGAGCUCAGGUCUACUCCCAGUGUGAUUGUAGCACCCUCGACCUCUGCUCCCCCAGGUUCUUCCUCAGGCUCUGUUGAACAGUCUGAGGUGAGUGGGUCACACUUGCGGAGAACAGCACGUUCAACAGCUGGUCAGCACUCGAAUGUACAUCACUUGCCACGUCCUGUUGAAUCUGCACCAGUCGCUAAUGCGCAGCUUGCCGUAUUCAGGCCAUGGUCAACCACGAUGGACCUCGAGGAGCUGGCAGAGACUGUGUCCCAAACACUCUGGAACCUACAACUCGACCAACUCAAAGAGGUGUGUGCUGAAGCUAAAAUCCCUAGUGGAAAUGUCACAACAAGACGAGCGUUAAUAAAAUUAAUUACAGAAUCUAUGGACAAGGUUAUUAAUGAUGAAGAGCAGGAUGUUGCACUCUACUAUCUAAAGAAAAUGUUAGAAAGUGUCGACCCAGCGAUAGGGAGCACCAGAAACACAGAAAGUGGAGGAAAUACAACAAGCUCGCCACAAGGAACUCAGGAAACAAGGGAAGACAUUAAUUUAGCAGAGAGAUACGCACAGCUCCAGAGAAACAGCGAAGCGCUGCAGGAAGAAAUUAGGAGGCUGAGUGAAAGGGUGGAGAGGACACCACCAAGUCAGCCAACCACCUCACAAAAUGUGUUUCCUGUCGCAGCCAACCGCCUUUCGGAAGUGACGAUAAGGAGGGAAUUCAAGAUCUGUGGUCAAAUUGGGGAAAAGGGCCAAAAGGACAGACUCUCAUACACCAACCUGAUGCAUCAGAUCGACAGAGGUCUGAACAAAGGACACAGUGAAGCGGAGGUUAUAGAGGCUGUGGUGAAGUCUGUCAGCCCAGGUUUGAGUCUUAGAGACAUGCUUGAGAUAAAACGUGACCUCACCCUUCCCCAAUUGAAGGCCAUAUUGAAGGGACAUUUUAAAGAAGACAGCACCACAGAUUUGUAUCACAGACUAGUGAACGUCACACAAGACAGCCGUGAGUCUCCCCAAAACUUCCUCUUCAGAGCAAUUGAGUUAAAAGAGAGGCUGUUGCUCGCAUCGGAAGACACAGGGUCCGAUGAACAAUACAGCCCUGAGCUCAUCCAGAAGAAAUUCUUGAGGUCGGUUAGUACUGGGCUACUGAGUGACCCUAUCAAGUUUCAGCUCAAGCCCUAUCUGGAUGACCCUCGGGUGACAGAUGAAACCCUCAUUGAUAAGAUGAAUGAAGCAGCUAGUGUUGAAUCAGAAAGGCAAUUGAAGCAAAAGAAAACUACUGGCAGCAAAUCUGUAAAAGUAAAUGAACUCCAGACAGAAAGGCCAGCCAGUCAAUUGGGUCUGGGUGUAGCCGAAACUAGGUUGGGGACUCAAGAGCAAUCAGCUGAAGUGGUGAAACCCAAGAGCCGCAGAACACCUGUUGUAGCUGCUUCCCGAGAGUCAGAGCUGCAUGAAACGGUCAGGCUGCUGAGAGAGGAGAUGGCUGAAUUAAGGAGGAGCAUCACCACCCCUCAAGGCCCCACUCGCCCACUAAGAACCAGUGGGAGGAGGGGAUGUAAGGCAUGCCAGGAGCAGGGAACCAAUGAUGGGUGUGAACACUGCUUCAAGUGUGGCCAGACAGGACACCUCUCCAGAGGCUGUAGAGGGCGAAGGGGGGCAGCAGAAAGAUCGGAGGGCACUCAAGCGGCAAUCCAGACCAUCGCCCCUCCCAAAUCAUUAAUUCCCAUCCAUGCUGAAGCAGACGACAAGUUGCAUGAACUGCUUUGGAAUCGAAUAAGACAGCUGGAGGCAGAAUUAGAGCAGAGUGGCAAGGCUAAAGAGACUGUGGGUGCCACGUAUGCCAGUCAUCUCUCACUACGCUGUCAGGCUAAGCUGAGAGCCCUGAUCGGGAAGAAGUGUAUGGUGGAUUGUUUCUUUGAAGGGGUAGAAACACAAGCAUUGUGGGAUACGGGUUCACAGGUGACUAUCAUUAAUGAGAACUGGAGGAAGUCCUGCUUUCCACAUAUCCAACUGAGAAGCACAAGUGAACUCCUAGGUGAGGAUGAGGCUCUGGUGGGCAAAGCAGCGAACCAAACACCCAUACCCUUCGCAGGUUGGGUUGAGCUAAAAUUUAGACUGGGGUCAACUAGAGAUCCACAGCCAGAGUUAGUUGUCCCCGUGCUUGUCUCAAAAGAGCCAGGAGUAGCAGAGCCACCUAUCAUUGGCUAUAAUGUGAUUGAGCAUUUUGUAAAGGAUGGAAUGGCACAGCAUCCAGACAUUACACCUGCUGUGGUAAAGGAAGCCUUCUCAAUUGAUUGUAAGAAAGCGGAAGUGCUAAUUAACAUCGUGCAGCGCUGCUACAAAAAUGAUGAGGAGGGUGUGGUGAAAGUUGGGAGACAAAAGAUAGUGAUUCCAGCUGGACAAAGCAGGGAGGUUAAGUGCAGUGUGAGGACAGGUCCCCUCCCUCUGAAACAGGAGGUUCUUUUUGAACCAGAGGACAUUUCAAAACUACCAGAGGGAGUUAACCUGAAUGAAACUGUCAUUGGCCUGCAGAGGGGAACCCGGUCCAGGGUGGUUAUUCCGGUCACGAAUGACGGCAGCCAUGACAUCAUCCUCCUCCCUCAUGCAGUGUUGGGACGACUACAGCAAGUGAAGGCUAUUUACCCAGUAGACGUGAGACCAGUAAGUGCUGAAAACAUGGGCAAGUUGAUGUGUGCUAGUGAAAACACAGGGAGCACCGUCAGCGCCCCAGAACAGCACAAAGGGGAGUAUGAAGAGGUGGGCAGUUGCAGCCAAGAUUUAUGGGACCCACCUGUGUCAGUUAAUCACCUGACCCCUGAUCAGCAGGAGCAGGUGAGAAAAGUCCUGCGUGAAGAGUGUGCUGCAUUUUCAAAAGAUGAGAGCGAUGUGGGAUGCAUCCCCUCCCUGAAGUUAAAGAUCAGAUUGAAUGACACAACCCCAGUAAGACGCACAUACAUCUCAGUCCCCAAGCCACUCCACAAGGAGGUGAAGGAGUAUUUGGAGGACCUGUUGAACAGAGGAUGGAUUCAGAAAUCCCGAUCCCCCUACUCAUCACCCAUCGUCUGCGUGCGCAAGAAGGAUGGAAGUCUGCGUCUCUGCGUGGAUUACCGUGAGUUGAACCGGAAAUCCAUUCCUGACCGUCACCCCAUCCCUCGUGUUCAAGACAUGUUAAACAGCCUGACUGGGAGUGCAUGGUUCUCAGUGUUGGACCAGGGCAAGGCGUACCACCAGGGUUUCCUGGAGGAAAGUAGCAGACCCCUCACAGCCUUUAUCACACCUUGGGGCUUAUAUGAGUGGGUAAGGAUUCCCUUUGGUUUGUCCUCGGCUCCAGCAGAGUUCCAGCGCAGUAUGGAAGAGUGCCUUGCAGGCUUGAGGGAUGAAAUAUCUCAGCCAUAUCUGGAUGACAAUUUGGUCCACAGCAGAUCAUUUGAGGACCACCUGCGUGAUCUGAGGGAGGUCCUGCGCCGCUAUCAAGCGCACGGGGUGAAGUUAACCCCCAAAAAGUGUGAAGUGUUCAAGGACAAGGUGAAAUUCCUGGGAAAGAUUGUAUCCAAAGAUGGCUACUGCAUGGACCCUGCUGAACUGGCACCAGUGCAAGCACUAAAAAACCGCAAACCUGAGACUGUGGGAGACCUAAGGAAAAUGCUAGGUUUCCUGUCAUACUAUCGCCCCUACAUUCCAAACUUCUCACGCACUGCCAAGCCACUAUACCAGCUGCUAUCGACCGGAAAGAUUCAAGUGAUUACUGACAGAAGAUCAACGGUAACCAGGCACAAAGGACAGCGGAAGAAACCAGACCAACUCCACUCAAGCCAGCCAAUCACAUGGACGGAACAACACCAGGCAGUGCUAUGUCAGCUUAUAGAACACCUGCUGAGUCCACCACUUCUGGCAUACCCUGACUUCGAAAGACCAUUUGUGCUGCACUGUGAUGCCUCUCAAGAAGGGCUUGGUGCAGUCCUGUACCAGAGACAGCAGGGCAAACUGGUUGUCAUUGGGUAUGGGUCGAGAACUCUAACAGCUCCAGAAACUAACUACCACCUCCACUCUGGAAAGCUAGAGUUUCUAGCAAUGAAGUGGGCAAUCUGUGAGAGAUUUCGGGAGUAUCUGUAUUACGCACCUUCUUUCACUGUGUAUACGGACAACAAUCCGUUGACCUAUGUCCUGACUACAGCGAAGUUAAAUGCUACAACACACCGGUGGGUUGCUGAGCUAGCCGAUUUUAACUUCUCAAUCAAGUAUCGGCCGGGAAGGGCUAAUGGCGAUGCUGACGGGUUAUCGCGGAUGCCACUAGACAUGGAGGAGUACAUGCGCACAUGCUCACAGGAAAUGAAACCAGAGGUAAUCACACCUGCGACACAGGCGCUUCAGCUGAAAUUCCGUGAACAUGAGCCAUGGAUGUGUCUGGCUACCAUAACCACAGCAUGUGCUGAUGUAGAGCAUGAACGAGUAAUGGCCCCAGUGACACAGAUCUCCAAAGAGACACUAAAGAAAGCACAGGAGGAUGAUCCAGUCAUUGGCAGGGUGCGAGAAUAUGUUAUGACAGGACAAUGGCCUCCUCGGAGAGGAAGAGACAGGGGUGAACACACUUCAGUUCUAAGCCGGGAAAAGAGUAAGCUGUACCUUGACAAAGACAACAUCCUGUACAGGAAAUCCUCUGCUCGAGCUCAGCUAGUGUUACCCACAAAAUUCCAUCAGCUGGUGUACAAGGAGCUCCAUGAGGAGAUGGGACAUCUCGGAGUGGAGCGGACACUCGCCUUGGUCCGUGAUCGAUUCUAUUGGCCACAUAUGCAAAGACAUGUGGAACAUUAUGUGACCAAGGUGUGCAGUUGCUUGAAACGGAAACGUCCAGGCAAACCAACCAGAGCACCGUUGGUCAACAUUGUCACCACAUACCCUUUUGAGAUGGUCUCAAUAGACUUCCUGCAUCUGGAGAGUUGUAAAGGAGGAUAUGAGUACAUUCUAGUCGUGAUGGAUCAUUUCACCCGGUUUGCACAGGCAUACGCAUGCACCAACAAGUCAGCAAGAACAGCAGCAGAAAAGGUUUUUGGAGAUUUUGUGCUCAAAUUUGGAUUCCCUGCCCAGUUACAUCAUGAUCAGGGAAAGGAGUUUGAGAACCAGCUGUUUGCCACCCUGGAAAGGUACUGUGGAAUCCAGGGGUCACGCACAACACCUUACCAUGCAGCGGGGAACGGUCAGGUGGAGAGGUUUAAUCGGACACUCCUUUCCAUGUUGAGGAGCCUGGCAGAGGAAGCCAAGGCAGACUGGAAAAACUCCUUGAGCAAAGUGGUGCAUGCGUAUAACUGCACACGGAGUGAAGCAACAGGAUAUGCCCCAUAUUAUCUUCUCUAUGGCAGAAACCCCCGCCUACCAGUGGACAUCAUGUUUGGCCUGGUUCCAGGUGACCAGAGUUCUUCUCACAGUGAUUAUGUCCGUAAGUGGAGAAGUAGGAUGCAAGAGGCAUACAGAUUGGCAUCAGAAACAGCUCAGAAAGAGAGGAACAGAGCGAAAAGGCAGUACGAUCGGAAGGCUCAUGGAGUUGAACUGCAACCGGGAUGUCGAGUGCUAGUACGGAACUUCAGAGACCGGGGUGGGCCCGGAAAGCUAAGGUCUUACUGGGAGGAGCGAGUACAUAUUGUGUUAGAAAGAAAGCACAAAGACAGCCCUGUCUAUGCCGUACAGCCAGAGAGAGGACCAGGGAAAGUGAGAGUUCUGCACAGGAACCUCCUACUGCCCUGUGACUUUCUCCCCGUUCAGGAGGAGAAGCUGGAGAAAAACAAGAAUGGGAAGGAGGAUGCCAAACAACAAAGAAAAGGAAAGACCCAAGAAAAGCAGCAGGAGAGUGACCACGACAGCAGUUCAGAGGAUGAGGGUGACUGGGGAAUUAUCACCACACAAUCUGCAGAAUCACCCACCCAGAUCAGAAGUCAGCUGAGGGCAGAGGCAGAGGAGUUCCAGCCAGAAGAAGCUAACGGAGAACUGUCAAGUGGUGGUGUCAGCAGCGAGUGCCUAGACGAGGGUGAGAAAGGUGGACUGGAGUCAAGUGCAGAGGAGGAGGAGGUAGGGCGAAGUGAGCUGUCUGGGGAGGAGAACGGAAGAAGUCAAGAACAGGUGUUGUCAUCUGAUGAAGAAGACGAGGGAGAGCCCAACUCACAGCCAGUUCCCACAAGAAAGUAUCCUUUUCGAUGCAGAAAUCCACCCAAGACACUCACGUAUGACACCUUAGGUCAGCCGUCAGUCAUAAACAGACACAAAUGAUGUCCACAGCUAAAAAAAAAAAAAAAAA